GGAGUGCGCGGGCUCAGCAGCGGGCUGUGUCCCCGUAAUUGUGACACAGGUGUGUGUGUGGGCGUCAUUAGGGGUGAUGAGGGCCGUGGUGCGUAUCUGCAGUGGUGACGCAGCCACUGAGCCUCCGCGACUCGGUGGUGGUUGAGAUACGUGCGUAUGAGCUGUGUGUGGGCGGCGGGCACAGAACGUGUGGCCAAGUGACGCAGUUGCUGGAGAGGUGCGGGGGAGGUGAUGCGGCUGGGCCUUGUCUCCAUAGUUGUGACGCAGUGGUGCUCCACAGGCCUUGAGGCUGCGGGGCCAGUGCGUGUGAGCAUCUGCGGGUGGGAAGUGGUUGGCAGCGUCUCCGGACUCUGCUCCUGAAGGUGUGUUUCUGCGGGGUGGCACAGCCAGGACGUGUCCAGGUGGCUGCCAGAUGAGUCUUCACUUACGUGGGGGUGACAGCACAGACUGGUAUCUCGAGAGGCCACGGGUGGUGCGGCGUUGUGUUUGAGCAGCCGAGUACCAAGUGGUGGCCUCGCGUGUGAGCACAGGUGUGGGGGAGGGUAUGACCCGCAGCUCAAGCGUCUCUGUUGCCUCCCAUCUUUGCCUUCUAACUUCGUGGCGCCUCCGGGAGAAGAUGGCAGCAGAGGGGCAAGAGGGCCUGGCCAGUGUUGUGAAAAUGAUUAACAAGAAAGGCAAAGGCUUGGUCAUGAGGGGGGCAGUUUAAAGGUCAGAAGUGCAAUCCAAGCAGGCCACCUGAGCGAUAGGAGGGGGUCCGGGUAGAAUUGCUUCAUAGAGAGAGGCCUGGAGGCCUGGAGGUGGGAGGUGGUUGGAAGGGGCAUCUCUGGGUGUGAGAACUUAGUCUCCAGGAGUCUCCCAGAAGCCUCAGAUCUGGAGCCAGUGCAUCCUAGAGGCCGUUUUCUAAUGCUGCCUGCAAUCCAGAAAGGCCCUGAUGACUCUUUCCCUUUCUGUUCCCCAGGUCAGCGUUGUUCAGAGCAGGCAGCCCUGCCUAGAAAGCAUCAUCACUGGACAUCUUAAAGACUCGGCUCUAUCUGACUUCUUGGAACUUUCCUCUUCUGCCGAAGAAACCUCAAGAAGACUGAUUAAUUCUUUACUUCUGAAACCAUGGCCCAGGAACAUGUGUAUGUUUUCAGGGUAUGGUGACAUUCUCUGAUGUAGCCAUAGACUUCUCUCAGGAGGAAUGGGCGUGCCUGGAUUCUGCUCAAAGGGACCUUUACUGGGAUGUGAUGUUGGAGAACUACAGUAACUUGGUCUCUCUGGAUUUGGAGUCAGCAACAUAUGAGGCCAAGGGUUUAGCUACAGAAAAGAAUAUUCCUGGAAGAAAUUUUCCCAAAAAGAAUUCAGAUGAAAAAAGUAAAUCCCUUGGCCUCAACCGCAUGUGUGAAGAUACACCAGAAGUACCACAGCGUUCUCGAGGGAGAUAUAUCAAUCAAAUGAUAAUCACCUAUGAAAAAAGGCCUCCAAAUAGAGAAAGAGAAAGUACACCUCCGAGAUCACAACAGAGACUUCAGAUUAAGGACAGUUCCUAUGAAUGUAAGGAAUGUGGGAAAGCCUUUAGUCGUGGCUAUCAACUUAGUCAACAUCAGAAAAUUCAUACUGGUGAAAAACCUUAUGAAUGUAAAGAUUGUAAGAAGGCCUUCCGUUGGGGUAAUCAGCUUACCCAACAUCAGAAAAUUCAUACUGGUGAAAAGCCUUAUGAGUGUAAAGACUGUGGGAAGGCCUUUCGAUGGGGCUCCAGCCUUGUUAUUCAUAAGAGAAUUCACACUGGUGAAAAGCCCUAUGAAUGUAAAGACUGUGGAAAGGCCUUCAGACGUGGUGAUGAGCUCACUCAGCAUCAGAGGUUUCAUACUGGUGAGAAAGACUAUGAAUGUAAAGACUGUGGGAAAACCUUUAGUCGUGUGUAUAAACUGAUUCAGCAUAAGAGGAUUCAUAGUGGGGAGAAACCUUAUGAAUGUAAAGACUGUGGGAAGGCCUUUAUUUGUGGUUCGAGCCUCAUUCAGCAUAAGCGAAUUCACACAGGUGAGAAACCCUAUGAAUGUCAGGAAUGUGGGAAGGCCUUCACUAGGGUCAAUUAUCUUACUCAACAUCAGAAAAUUCAUACUGGUGAGAAACCUCAUGAAUGUAAGGAAUGUGGGAAGGCCUUUCGUUGGGGUUCGAGUCUGGUUAAGCAUGAGAGAAUUCAUACAGGUGAGAAGCCGUAUAAAUGUACAGAAUGUGGGAAGGCCUUUAAUUGUGGCUAUCACCUUACUCAACAUGAGAGAAUUCACACUGGUGAAACCCCUUAUAAAUGUAAGGAAUGUGGGAAGGCCUUUAUUUAUGGGUCAAGCCUUGUUAAACAUGAGAGAAUUCAUACAGGGGAGAAACCCUAUGGAUGCAAAGAAUGUGGGAAGUCGUUUAGUCAUGGCCAUCAGCUUACACAGCAUCAGAAAACUCACUCAAAAUCGUAUGACUGCAAGGAAUGUGGAAAGGUAUAUAAUAAUAUAAACCAUCUUAGAGAACAUCAGAGGGCUCAUAACAGUUGAAAAACCUUUGAAUACAGUAGUCCCCUCUUACUGGUGGUUUUGCUUUCUGCAGUUACCUGCGGUCAACCUGGGUUUGGAAAUAUUAACUGGAAAACUCCAGAAAUAAAACUAUCUAAGUUUUAAAUCACACACCCUUCUGAGUAGUGUGAUAAAAUCUCAUGCCGUCCUGCUGCAACCAGUUGGGACGUGAAUCAUCCCUUGGCCAGGCAUAUCAUCCCUUGGCCAGGCACAUCCAUGCUGUACACUACCCGCCCAGCUGAUCACUUAGUAGCUGCCUUGGUUAUCAAAUUGUCGUGGUGUCACAGUGCUUGUGUUCAAGUAACCCUGACUUUACUCGAUAAUAACCCCAAAGCUCAAGAGUUGUGAUGCUGGCAAAUCAAGUAUGCCAAAGAGAAGCCAUAAAGUGCUUCCUUUUAAAUGAAAAGGUAAAAGUUCUCAACUUACUAAAGAAAGGAAAAAAAUCAUAUGCUGAGGUUGCUAAGAUGUACAUUAUAUUUUGAGAGAGAAACAGACUACAUUCACAUGAUUUUAUUACACUAUAUUGUUAUAAUUGUUCUAUUUUAUUGUUGUAAUCUCUGUGCCUAAUUUAUAGAUUAAACUUUGUAUAUGUUUGUACAGGAAAAAACAUAGUAUAUAGUAUAUAUGUGCCAGAAAAAAAACAGUACUAUUUACUGUUUCAGGCAUCCACCAGGAGUCUUAGAAUCUAUCCCCCUCAGGUAAAAGGGGGGGCGGCAGUACAAAGGAUGUAUAACGGCCUCUAAACUACAUUCAUUCCUUCCUCGACAUGAGGAAAAUCUGUGAUACAGUUUAACAUAAAGCCUUUGCUGAUCAUUCUUCUGCUUGUAGAAUAUCAGCAGUCAUACUUUAGGCAGAUUUAUAGAGUGGAAAAAUCACUCUUUUUCUUAAUCAGCGUUCUCAGUGUAGAUGUUUUUACUGCAUAGGUUAGUAUAACAGAUGCCUAGAAGCCUACCAAGACCAUUCCAUUUCACAUUUAUUCUAGAGAAUAACUCUGCUCUAAUAUGAGUGUGGCCUUUAGUCCUAGCACCUACCCUACCAAUUGCUAUCACCUUCCCACUGCUUUCCUCCUUGUGAGACACUGGGCAGCCCGCUCAUUACCUCUGUGUAUUACUUGUCAGAUGCACAUUAUGUGCAGUAUUUGUAAAUAGGGAUAAUCACAUCUACUGAAGACUGCUAUUGUGGAAAUUAAAUGUUUGGUACAUGUACAGUCCUUGACAGUGUAACUGGAAUAUUGUGUAAUCUUAGUAAAUAUUAACUGUUGUUCUUAUGAUCAUUACCAUUAGUGUUGCCAUUGGUGAAUUAUUACAAGAAAAACAACUGUGGAUACAAUGAAUUUGGGAAAGAUUAUCAAAAUUCUAGAGGAAAACAUAGGAGACUAUUGUCACAGCCUGAGGUUAGACAAUGAUUUCUUAGUACAUGAAAGACACUAAACAUAAAAAGUGAAGUUAGACCUCGUGAAAAGUACAAAAUGUUGUUCCUCAAAUGAUGCCAUUAAGGUAAAGACAAGAUGCAAACUGGAAGGAAACAACGUAGACCUAAUGAAGGAACUCAUUAGAAAAUGAGUCUAGAAAAUGUGAAGAAUUCAAGUUAACAAAAGAUAGAAUCUAUUUUAUUUUUAUUUUAUGUAUUUUUUUUU